UCCCAAAGAAAGGGUACAUCAACCUAAAAAGGGCCAAAAAAAAGAAAAAAAAAAGAAGUGUGAUUUAACAAUCACCCCUUCCACUGCUUUGAGCAAUCGCGUAGUCUUAUAUAUCUGAAAAAAAGAAAAACUCUUUCUCUCUCUCUCUAUGCAAUUUUGCUCUUUAUUUGGAUCCAUUGUUUAAUUAGAUGGUUCGGGUCGGCUCGCUGUAGCGGAGGAGACGAUUGAUCGAUCGCGCGAAAAUGGAUGAGGAGAGAGCCGGCGGCGGGAGGAGUCGCGGCGGGUGCUACCGGUGGACGGUGAUCAGCGGAUUCUACUGCUGGGGUUGGGAGUUCUUGACGGCUCUCCUGCUCUUCUCGCGCUGAAAAAAAUACUAUAAUAAUUUAUUUAAUCAUCUUUUCAUUCUAUUUCCUUUAUCUUUUUCGAAAAAAAUCAAUUCUGGAAUGGCGAAUAAGGAUGGUGGUGACGGCAGCGACCACGGCGGUGGUAGUAAAGGGAGGACGAAUGGGGGAACGGCGCCGUUCUUGAUAAAGACGUAUCAGAUGGUGGAGGACGGGGAGACGGACGACGUGAUAUCGUGGGGGGAGAAGGGGCGGUCGUUCGUCGUGUGGAAGCCGGUGGAGUUCGCCCGCGACAUCCUCCCCGUCCACUUCAAGCACAACAACUUCUCCUCCUUCGUUCGCCAGCUCAACACCUACGGCUUCCGGAAGGUGGUGCCGGACCGGUGGGAGUUCGCGAACGAGAACUUCCGGCGCGGGGAGCGAAUACUCCUCACCGAGAUCCGCCGUCGCAAGUCAGCAUCGACUGCUCAACCCCCUCGUGCCAGAAAAUCAAAUGGCGGGGGCAGCGGCGGCAUCCCUCCUCCUCCUCCUUCCUUGAUAACCAACUCCGCUGACGGUCUCAGCUCGUCCUCCGCCUCCUCUGCUGCUGCACGGUCACCGCCAACGCAAAACCUACUUGAACUAGCGAACGAGUACGAAACGCUUAAGAAGGACAAUGAGAUUCUUACGGCGGAGCUUGCGCGGGCGAAGGGGCACUGCGAGGAGCUCCUCGGCUUCCUCUCCAAGUUCUUGGACGUGAACAAACUCGACUUAACGCUUCUGAUGCAGGAAGACGCAACGAAGACACUAGAAGAGGUAGAGAGGGUAAACAACGUCGGCGAAGAGAGUGUUAGGAAUAGCGGGGGCUGCGUAAAGCUUUUCGGAGCGCAUUUGAAGGAUUUCGAAGGGGAGGAUAGAAAGAAGGGCGACGGGAGGAAGAGGGGGCGAUACGAUGAGGGAGACGGUUGCGGAAUUGGCAAGCGGCCCCUGAAAUGUCAUGCGCUUUGGUGGGCCGUCGGUUGCGGUGUCGGUCGCGGCGGAGCGCGGCCGUGAGAAGGUUUGCAAGUGAUGAACUGCACAUGAGCAAAAAGAUUGUCUACAAAAUGAUAAACGGUAGAAUAUGUGCGAAAUGGUUAACAUGGUUUGUUUACGUGAGAGGAGACAAAUGUAACGGAGAAAAUUUGAACCGAAGUAACACUACUUGUAUUUUCCCCCAAUUUAGACGCGGAUUUGGGAAAAUUGAAUGAAGUAAAUGACACGUAGUGCAUUUACACCAUAUUUAUAUUCUAGA